AUGCCGAUCGGUAACGUAAAUAAGGACACAACGCCAAGGCGGGACAGCUUCAGGCCACCCUGGGUUAAAGACAAAGACUCGGAGGCGCCGCCUGCGUGGACACAGAAGAAGUUGAAGCCGGUAGAAAGUACUACCCAGACAAUGGAUACGACUCCAAAGUCUCUGGAAGACCCAGCUCCCAAACUUUUGAAGCCGGUUCUAAGAAAACAGACAACAGUAAAAGAAAAAGCAGAAAACGGAAUAUCAGAACAAACAGAGGAGAAACUUAUAAAACCUUCUGCGGCAAAAGAAGCAGAUAAAGCAAACAGGUCAACUGAUGAAAAACCAAGAUUAUCCAAAAUACUUAAAACAGUUAAAACAAUAAAACCAGAAGAUAAAAACGAUAAAAUACCGGAAAGACCGAUAUUAAAAAGCGUAAAAACUAUUGAUGACAAAGCCAAAGAUAAAACCGUUACAAUUGUAGAUCAAAAACAAGCGGAUAAGACAAAAACAGAAGAAAAACUAAAAUUUAAAUCAGAAGAAAAGAUCAAUCCUCGAGAUAAUUCUAAGGCAGAGGACAAGGGGAAAUGCACUGAGAAAUUUAAUACCGGAGAUAAGGGUAAACUAAGCGAUAAGGUAAAAGUAGAGGAAAAGCAAAAAACUGUUGAUAAAACUAAAGUAGACGAAACCUCUAAAGUCAGUCAGUCAGUCAUCAAAGAAAAAAUAAAAUCUGAAGAAAAUUUAGAAGAAAAAUCAAAAAUGUCUACUAAGCCACCACUAGAAAAAUCUUCUAAGCUUCCUCCUGCACCAAGGAAGGCAUCUCUGCAAAAGGCACCAUCGAAAGAUGAGGUCAGCUUGAAGAAGUGGAGAGACCCGUUACAUGAAAGAGUAAAAGAAAAUAUUGACAAGACUUUGGCGAAUGAAAUCCCAAAAGGACACACAUUAAUGAAAAAUGAGAGCUUAAGAAGUUUGCUAAAGCCAACUCCUCCACCCAUGCCUCCACCGUUGCCACCGAAAAUGCCUCCACCGCCGGAGUUCAAGAAGGCUCCAAUUGAUCCUGAAAAGCUGAAGAAAUUGGAGUCGCUCCGUAGCAGGCCAAGAAGGCGGCCUGAUUGGAGCGACAUGAUGAAGGAAGUUGAACAGGGGAGAAAACUCAAGCAUGUCGUUUGUAAUGACAGGUCGAGCCCGAUUAUCACACCAUCGACAGUUGUUAAAAAUAAGGGUCAAUUCAUUUUUGAAUCCGAAAAACCCAAUUCUCACAAUGAGCUAUUGAAAGAAAUCAACAAAGGUGUAAAACUAAAGAAGGUGAAGACUAAUGAUAGAAGUAAACCAAAUUUGGAAGGUUUGAGGAAAUUCAGACGACAAAUGACUAUAGAAGAACAAGUGCAGAAGUCAAUGUCACAGGCCAAUCUAGCAAAUUCUCCGUCUGGAGUUUUAGUGCCCGGAGUUGCAGAGAUACCUGCGGCAGAGGAAGAUGAUAUCGAUGAGAUGGAUGAUAUUGAUAAGGUCAGAGAUGAUCUUCAAUCAACAAAACAGCUUCUUGCAAUAGAACUAAGAAACAAGGAAGCUCAAGAAAGAGAAAACAAGCGACUUUUAACAAGAAUACAGAACUUAGAAGCAGAAUUAGCGAGAGAACGAGCUAUAAUUAAACAGGAGCAACACAAGACUGUCAUAUCAGUUACUGAUGCUUAUGACGAGAGACUUGUUAAUAACUUAAAAAUUGAAGUUGAAAAAGCAAAAGAAACAGCAGAUAACUUGGAAAAACAAUAUUUACAAGCAGCGGAAGAAAGAGAUACAGCUAUAACAGAAUUGGAAGAAAUAAAGAGAAAAAAUGCUGAACUUGAAAAGAAAUUGGAACUGGCGCUAUCGGGUAUUAUGCCAACAAACACUAGCUCAAGACGGGCCAGCCACGCUAUGAAGCAACUUUCUGUAACAAAGGAUGACAGUUUUGAAGAAGAAGAUGAAACGGAAGAAGAAGAGGAAGAAAGCGAAGAAAAGAAACAAAAAAGAAUGGAGAAAGAAAUACGUAACAUGAGGAACAAAAUCCAACAUCUGAAACAAAAGCAAGACAAUAUGAAAAAAGAACGUAUGGGCUUUAAGAUGGCUUUAAAGAAUCAGCAAGCGGCUCUUAAAGAAGAAAAACGAAAGUACAAAGAAUUGAAACGAGAAGUAGACAAAAUGGCGGCAAUGAUGAAAGAAGUUGGUUCAGACGAUGAAGAUGACGAAGAAGAGGAAGAGGAAUCCGAAGAAGAAAAGAAGAGUGAAAGUGAAGAGGAGGAGUCAGAAACUGAGACAGAACAAGAUACAGAAAGUGAAACUGAAAGCGAAAGCGAACCUGAGGAUGCUCCAUUACCAAAGAAGAAGGACAAUCUCAUGCAGCGCGUGAAAAGACACGAGACAAGAGUAAAUGCAUUGAAGAAGGGCAACACUCUCCUCAUGGCCAACGUAGACCGUUUGAAAGAUGAUGUACUCAAACAGAGAGAGGAAUCGAUGACCCUGCAAAAGGAAUUAGACUCUUUAAUUGAGGACCUUGAAUAA